AAAGGAAAAGUACCCUUCUUUUUUCUUUUUUCUCCCCAUUAUUCUUGCUUACGUAUUCAACAUGUCCAAAGUCAUGGCCAAAGAUCUGUCUUUGGACAAUCGCAAACCAGGUCAUGCAGGCUCAUUAGACAAAGACCAAACCGAGAAAUUAAAGAAGUUUUGGUUACGCAUUUUUGCUUUAUUUGAACAAAAGGGUGACGAGAUACAGUUAGCUAAUACACAAGAGACAACAGCCAAAAAAAAUGGAAGUGGUUUUCUAGGUUUUGGCAAAAAAGAAGACAAGAAAGAUAGAGACUAUUUCUUAGGUACUACAUCGGAUCCUCGGUGGAAGAGCUUGCCACUAGACCAGGCGUUGCCUUUGAUACCUGGUUCAUUGCUUCGUCGAACCUUUUGGGGAUUAGUCGCUACAGAUAACCCAGACUCAACCCUUUUACGAUUUUUACGUGCACGCAAAUGGGAUUUGGAUGCGGCCUACCAUAUGUUGGCUAAUACUUUACGGUGGCGUCUAGAAAUGAGAACGGAUGAUAUUGUGGCGCUAGGUGAAACAGGGUUAAUUGAAGAAUUAGAGCGUUGCAAGAGUGGGUUAGGUACUACGUUCAAGGAGCUAUUGGGACGAAAACUAGUAACACUCGGUGGCCCUGAUAAUAACUAUCGUGGUAUAUGCUUUGUCAAUGUUCAGGUUUACCAUAAAGAAGAUCAACCACUGGAGCUUGCAAAACUGCUGACAGUUUACAUUAUGGAAACAGCUCGACUCAUAUGUGAUUAUCCUAUGGAGACUGUAUGCCUCGUGUUUAGUUUAGAGAAUUUUACAAUGGCUAAUAUGGACUUUGAUGCGGUUAAAUUCUUGGCUGAAUGCUUUCAAGCCUACUAUCCUGAGUCUCUCGGUUUAGCCUGUGUUCAUAAAGCACCUUGGAUAUUUUCUACAGUAUGGAAUUUAAUCACGCCCUUACUGGAUCCUGUUGUCGUCAGCAAGAUCGUGUUUACAAAGACUGCCCAAGACCUUGAACAGUACAUUCCAGCAGACAGUUUACCUUCGCUCAUUACUGGAGAUGCUAGCAAACUGUCCUUUGAUGAACGUACCACAGGGGGCGUGCCUAAACCUGGUCGAUUAUCAGUGCCUCCAGAUGAACCCAACGUUGAAGCCUACUGGAAAAAUGUGUCAGAGUAUGAGAAAAUGACGAUAGAAUGGGCAAAGAGUGAGAAUGAUGAUGCACUCGAGCGUUUAAAGCUUGGUCAGAACCACCGCGUGUGUCGCGUAAAGGCAGAAAAGUUACUACGAGGAGAGACAAGUUAUCAUACAAAGGGAAUGAUCCACAUAAACCAAGAUGAUAGACUGAUCAUUAGUUACAAGACAAAUCUAUGGGACUCACAGGAUAUAACAGAUUGGGUGUAAUAAAACGUAAUCUUGCCAAAAGUGGCUUGGUAAUAGAGACAAUGAUCUUGUUUUGUAUAGGUGGCUCUUUGAUAUUUUUGGCCACGAGGAUCACAAAUGGAUACUUAUUAAGGACUAUUGUGUGUGUUACACCUUUAGCUUCUUUAAGCAAAAAAAAAAGACGCAAUUGUUCAUAAACCCCCCACAAAAAGUAUGCAUGAUCUCCGCUCUUUUUUUUAUGUCUU